AUGUAUCAAUUACGCAAUACUUCACUUCCCAAUGAUACCGACAUCCUCGAUCCAACCUCGAUGACAACAGACCAGAUCUAUUUCGAGAACUAUCUAGCCUUCUGUUCAAUGUUUCCUCUCACUAUCACAAAUAUAUUGAAUCUUGCUCUCCAAAAAUGGUUUUCCGCCUUUAAGCGGUUUGGUUUCGGAAGUGGCGUAAUGUUUUUGGUUUUCACACUGACAGUUGCUUUGACAAAACUGGAUUUGGAUGCGAAAUUGUUUCUCGGAAUUACCCUGAUUUCCGUUAUCUUUAUGAAUGUUGGCUGCGCUCUUACCCAAGGAAGUCUAUUAGGUGUGGCCAGUAGCCUGCCCUCCAGCAAUAUACGGGCUCUUCUUGAAGGUCAGGCUUUUGCAGGCAUAUCAGCCGCUUUGGCUAAUAUAAUCGUCCUCAGUCUGGCCCCAAGCCCUACUGAUUGCGGUUUGGCUUUUUUCUCCAUCGCUCUGGGAUUUAUAUUGCUUUCGAUUGUUCUAUGGCUUCAGUUGUCACACAAUGCCUACUUCAUGUACUACUGGAGGCGAAAAGACGUAAAACGUGAAGAAGAUCCCCUCAGGUCCACGUUUGUGACAGAAGGCGCUGGUGACAGUGAGGACUAUCGGAUCGCCUCAGAGUCUGGCGACGCCGACACCGCCGCUCCAUUGCUCGGUUCGGAGUCUUCUAAUGAGUCGCCAACCUCCAAUCUGAUGACGGUUAUGCGCGAAGUGCUCUUCCCCGGCACCUUCGCUGGUGACCCCACCAGCCCCUUCUUUAUGGAAAACGACGUCAACGGGUGUCAUUAUCUCAUCGGGGGCUGUUGUGGCGCCUUUGAGUUUUCAAGAAGGUGCAUUGGGGAAUGUGGCUGUGUUCGGGAUCCUCGCAACUGCACAGGCGAUCGGCCCCUAAGUGCCCCCCUCCACGUUCUGUAUACCGUUUCCGGCACCUACUUCAUUCCGGUUGGCGUUUUCCUCACCUUCAACGUCUGCGACUACAUCGGCCGUGGUCUGGGUGGCCUGCUGAAAUGGGUAAUUCCUUUUUACUGUUCUAUGCUUUGUAACAUCUGUUUCUUUCACUUCCUUGGCUAA